AUGUCACCGAACACAGGGCUUAACGGUCUUAAAAUCCCUAAAAUUAUUUUCUUAUUUCAACUUUACCGUAAUCUUCUCGAGGGCCAUGCCAGGACGUCUAUCAAAGCUGUAAACGAUGGCGAGAAGAAGAUAGAUGCUCAUGGACAAGACCAAUUUCGCCAUUUUUCACAGAUAAUUGUGCAUUUUCCUGCGGAUUCUGUAGGAGCAAUGGGCAAAGUGGGUUCACAAAUUAUUUCUCAGCUUCUUAUCCCAGUAUACGAAAAACCAAGUAUUUGGUUGUUUGAAUUGUUGAAUUCUCAAGAAAUACGUUUGAUUGACUCGAAUAGCCGAGUACUUAAAAAACGCAUCCAUUCGAUUAUUUGA